AUGACGAUGCGAAAGCUAGUUCAUCUGCAUAUAUUGAUCUUCGUAUUAGUGCUGUCAUCUACAGCAGAAGCCUCAGAUGAGUUAGCACCCAUGCCGAUAGGAAAGCCCGGCUGCAAAACAGAUUGCGGCGGUGUUUUGAUCCAAUACCCUUUCGGAAUUGGCCAAUCCGGCGGUGAAGAUUGCUUCUACGACGUGUGGUUCCAGAUUGAUUGCAACCAGUCCACCGGAUGGAAGCCCUUCCUGAGGCACAUCCAACUGGAGAUAGGCAACAUCACCAUUGCUGAAAAAGAAGACAGGGUUCAGGUGUAUAGCCCCGUCACUUCAUUGUGCCCUAAUACUUCAUCAAGGCAACCAAGAGAUUUCACCGGCAGCCCUUUCGUCUACUCUCAGCGAUUCAAUAGAUUUACUGCCGUGAGUUGCGGCUUCCUUGCCGUCAUUAGCUCCGAGGAGUUAAUCGUUGGUGGGUGCAGGUCAAGAUGUACACAGAACGGCUACAGCGUCGACAUGCCAUGCGACACUGGUGACAACUGUUGCCAAACAACUAUUCCUUCAUCUCUUACAGUUAUCAAUACUAGCAUACAGAAGGAUCGAAAUGGAAGCGCGCCUGGUGGCUCUGGUUGCAGAGACCGUGCGUUUCUUGUUGACCAAGAUUGGUUUAGUGAUACUAGUUACUAUGCCAUUGAGAACAUGACCCGCGUUCCUGUGGUGAUGGAAUGGACUUUAAACAAUGAUCAUGCUACUUCUUCAUUUCAACCAUUUCAAUCUUUCUUAGAAGAUACCGAGUGGUAUUUCACGGAUCCAGCACCCUUUUGCUCGAUUGUUGAGAGCAAUCGAACAAAAACAACAUUCACUUGUUACUGCAGUUCUGGCUUCGAAGGAAAUCCUUACCUUCUCGCGCCUUGUCGUGAUAUUGAUGAAUGCAAAUUUCGGCCCAGCGUAUGCUCGCCGGGAAGCAAGUGUAAGAACACUCCUGCAAUGUACUAUUGCGCGCCUGACAGCCAUGUUUUGAGAUGGGUCCUUACAGGUGUUGGUAUUUGCUUUGGGAUGUUGUUAUUAGUUGCUGCUGCAUGGUUGACAUACAAAUACCUUCAGAAAAGGAAACACAAAUUACGCAAGGAAUUGUUUUUCAAGAGAAAUGGUGGUUUACUAUUACAGCAACAAUUAUCAUCCGGUAAAGUUAACGUAGAGAAGAUUAAGUUGUUUACAUCUGAGGAGUUGGAGAAGUCUACUGAUAAAUUCAAUCUUGAUAGAAUCCUUGGCCAGGGAGGGCAAGGUACGGUUUACAAAGGCAUGCUUACAGAUGGAAGGAUCGUUGCUAUUAAGAAGUCCAAAAUGGUGAGCGAAGGUCAGCUUUCGGAUUUCAUCAAUGAGGUUGUCAUUCUCUCUCAAAUUAACCAUAGAAAUAUCGUUCAGCUGUUAGGUUGUUGUUUAGAGAAUGAAGUUCCUCUUUUAGUUUAUGAAUUCAUACCGAAUGGAACGCUUUCGAAGUAUAUUCAAGGUCAGAUCGAGGAAUUUCCGCUUACAUGGAAGAUACGGUUGCGAAUUGCUACAGAAAUUGCAGGAGCUCUUUUCUACCUACACUCUGCAGCUUCAUCUCCCAUUUUUCAUAGGGAUAUCAAGUCUACAAACAUUCUGUUAGAUGAAAAAUACAGAGCAAAGAUUGCCGACUUUGGAACUUCAAGAACUGUUGGCAUUGAUCAAACCCACCUGACCACAUGUGUACAUGGCACAUUUGGUUAUAUGGAUCCAGAAUACUUUCAAUCAAGUCAGUUUACAGAUAAAAGUGAUGUUUAUAGCUUCGGAGUUGUCCUUGUUGAGCUUUUGACCGGACAAAAACCAGUUUCUGCUGUGACAAAAUCACAAGAAGAAUUCAGAAAUCUUGCCUCACAUUUUAUAACUUCCAUGCAAGAAGAUAACCUCCAGGGAAUUCUAGAUGAUCGGGUUCUGAACGAGGGUUCUGAAUCAGAUAUCACGGUUGUUGCUAACCUCGCAAAAAGAUGUUUGAAUGCUAAUGGAAGAAACCGCCCUACAAUGAGAGAGGUGACAGCAGAGUUGGAGUCCAUCCAUAUCCAUAUGUAUACAAAACAACCAUCAAUUGCUGAUCAACGAAGUAAAUCCAUUAAUAGUUGGGAUGGAAGUGAACCAGAAACCGAGAUAGCUUCUAAUAGGUAUGGUGAUAAUGCGAUCGACUUCAUCACUACUUGA